CAGCUGAAGACUUCACGUUUGACAUCUGCGAUUUUAAAAUGAACAAGAUUCCCUUUAAUCACACUGUUGGCCAAAUGUAUGAACAAACUAAACUAAAACUCCUCAGAUUUUACAUUUGUACUAAAAAGGGAGCUUCAACAGAUCACUCAUCUGAGGAAAAUGAUCAUUCUGAAGAUGGAUCUCAGUCAGUCAUCACAGAUCUGCAGGAUAGUUCAUAUUCAAGUGAUAGUGACGGAAGCGCCCAGAUGCAACAAAGAUCAAAAAGGUUAAGGAAAAUAUCUGAGACUGAGACAGCACAAACUCCAGGUCCAUCACAUCAGUUUCAGUCAACCCCAACAGACAUUAAAAAUAGCAGCAUUGGCAGAAGAAAAAACACGAGUGAGGUCACUUUACCAGAACCGGGCCCCUUGUUUGAUGAGGCAGAUACACUUGUGUGGGAUUCGGACGAUGAUGUGGUGGUUAUAAAUUUAAAACAUGUUGAUGAGGAUGUCACACAGAGCACAGAGGUGGGUGGAGCACCUACACAGGUGAUACAGCUUCUACUCCCUUCAGGUGAUGGCCUACCUACACUGGAUGAGCAGCAGUCCAUACACGAGGAAGCAGCACAAACUGCCCAGCUGGACAGUGGGCUAAAUUUCAAUUUGCCCUCAUAUUCAAGCAGCCAGAUGUCAACAGACAGCAACCCAGGAAGUCCCCAGACCACACGACGUACCUCAGUUUGCAGGAUAAAGGUUGUUGAUGAUCUUUUGCCUGUAUUUACUGACAGCAGCAUCAUGAAUAUGACUUUAAAGAUGGACUUUGUCAAUGAAAAAGCUAUUGAUGAUGCCGGAGUGUCAAGGGAGGUGUACACAGCCUUCUGGGAGCAAUUUCUUGAACAGUGUGAAGGAGAAACAGAGCGAGUUCCAAGGCUUAGGCCAGAUUUUUCUGAGGCUGAAUGGCAAGCAGUUGGACGAAUUUGGGUGAAAGGAUUUGUAGACCAUGGUGUUAUGCCAGUAAAGCUAUCAAUGGCUUUUAUUUUAGCAUGCAUCAAUGGAAUUGACCAUGUUGAUACAGACAUCCUGAUGUCAUCGUUUCUCAACUACCUCCCUCCCACCGAGAGAUCAGCUGUUGAGAAGGCUCUUCAGGGAACAUUGGAUGAAAGUGAUCAAGAGGACUUGCUUGACCUUUUCACACGGAUGGGUUCCCAUUUCCUACCUCCAGAGAACAACAUGAAGCCUGCCAUAGAACUAAUGGCUCACAAAGCCAUUCUCCAAGAGCCCAAGUUUAUAGUUGAUUGUUUCUCCACACCCAUGUCACUUGUAAAGUUGAAACUACCAGAUAAGGAAAGUGUGUUGAGUCUUUAUGAGUUAAAGAAGCCCACGGGCAAAAGAGUGAUGCAACUGCUUGAAACUACUAAGGUGGUGCUGUCUCAAAGAGAACAAGCAACCUUAAACCAUCUCCAACGUUAUGUGAAAAAUGCUGAUCAAGCAAAAGCUGAGAAAAUCCUGCGCUUCUGCACAGGUUCCUCAGUUAUAUGUGUUGAGAAAAUUAUGGUUAGCUUUAAUGUUGAAACUGGCCUUAAUAGAAGGCCUGUUGCUCAUACCUGUGGAGCUACACUUGAUGUGCCAUGUACAUACAGUUCUUACCCAGAAUUUCGGACAGAGUUUGACAAUAUCCUGUCCAGCAACUACUUAGAAAUGGACAUCAUUUAAAUUUGGGACCAGUGUUAAUCAGGCCAAAUAGUAACUGGCCUCAUGGUAUGGUUGAUUAUCAUUUAUUUAUUUAUGUUUUAUUUUGUCAUUUAAACAUCUGUUGCACUGACAUCGUGGUAGCAGUCUUUCAUGUCCUUUUCAGUCUGCACUUCUAUUUGUUUUACUUGAGCAAUAAUACACCUCCAUACUUUUUUUUUUUACAUAGAUUUUAUAUUUUGAAUUAUACUUUGAAAAUGACUGCACAAUUAAUUUUCAUCAGUUUGAAUCUAACCCAGUUUCUAUGCUGAACUUCUUUCCUAAAAAGCAUAUAAGGGUGAUAUUCUGUUUUUUACAGAGUUGUUAAUCACUGGUAGAAUUAGUGAUUGUUGAAGUCAUGCCAGUUGGUUGCUUAUUCAGAAGCAGUUUAAAACUCAAUACUGAGAUACCUACCCAGUGUUCCUGUUUACAAAAUGUAAAAGCUGGGUUUGUCUGUGUAAUAUGCCCUUCUGAAUUAUUGUAAUAUUUCCAUCAUUUUACUAUAAUGUACUACUAGAACUUCAUGCCAUCACAUGUAUUUUUUUAUGUGAGUGCAUUUUCCCAAGAAGUGACCUAUAAGUACUGAA